UGUUUUCAUAAGCCAAAACUCAAAAAAUUAAGAGUGUUUAAGUUUUGGAAGUUGAGAAUUAUUGCUUUGAUAGGGUUGAUAGCAAAAGAAGCUACCCUCUCUCCUUACAAACACUGGACGCCGCAGCUUUGUAGUUUUGAUCUAAGCAUUCUCUGCACUUCAAUUUAACAAUGUCUAUAACCCAUAAUCUCACCACUUCACUCUCUUCUACUUCUUCUGCUUUCUUAGCACCCUCUUCUUUCAAUUCUAGGGGACAUGUUUCAUUGCCUGUGAAGAGCGUGGGCAUUUGCAAAUGCAUUGCGACACCCGAGGCUGAGACUGGCUACAAGACAAGGGUCACUCGCAAUCCAAAUUUGGGAAAACUUCAAGCUGGGUAUCUAUUUCCUGAGAUUGCUAGGAGAAGGUCUGCACACUUGCUGAAGUACCCUGAUGCUAAAGUUAUAAGCCUUGGAAUUGGUGACACUACUGAACCUAUUCCUGAAGUCAUAACUGAUGCAAUGUCGAAGAGAUCACAAGCAUUAUCAACUAUUCAAGGAUAUAGUGGGUAUGGUGCGGAACAAGGUGAAAAGCCAUUAAGAAGUGCAAUUGCUUCAACAUUUUACAGCGAUCUUGGCAUAGAAGAGGAUGAUAUAUUUGUGUCAGAUGGAGCAAAGUGUGAUAUAUCUCGUCUCCAGAUUGUCUUCGGGUCAAAUGUAAAAAUGGCUGUACAAGACCCUUCAUACCCGGCCUAUGUAGACUCAAGUGUAAUUAUGGGCCAGACUGGCCUCUACCAGAAGGAUGUUGAGAAGUUUGGAAACAUUGAAUACAUGAGGUGUAGUCCGGAAAAUGGUUUCUUCCCUGAUUUAUCUUCAAUUUCUCGACCAGACAUAAUCUUUUUCUGUUCGCCAAACAAUCCUACUGGUGCUGCUGCAACAAGGGAACAACUGACCCAACUUGUUCAGUUUGCUAAGGACAACGGUAGUAUAGUAAUCCAUGAUUCAGCUUAUGCAAUGUAUAUUUCUGGUGACAACCCACGUUCCAUCUUUGAAAUUCCUGGAGCCAAGGAGGUUGCCAUUGAGACGUCAUCAUUUAGCAAGUAUGCUGGAUUCACAGGAGUCCGAUUAGGUUGGACUGUGAUUCCAAAGGAGUUGCUGUUUUCUGAUGGAUUUCCUGUUGCCAGGGACUUCAACCGUAUUGUAUGCACUUGUUUCAAUGGUGCAUCAAAUAUUUCCCAGGCAGGUGGUCUGGCUUGCCUUUCACCAGAAGGUCUUAAGGCUAUGGGAGAAGUUAUUGGAUUCUACAAAGAAAAUACGAACAUAAUUGUGGAGACAUUUGAUUCUCUUGGAUUCAAAGUGUAUGGAGGAAAAGAUGCACCAUAUGUGUGGGUUCAUUUCCCUGGCAGAAGCUCAUGGGAUGUAUUUGGUGAGAUUCUUGAGAAGACUCAUGUGGUUACAACUCCUGGUAGUGGUUUUGGACCUGGUGGUGAAGGUUUUGUCAGGGUUAGUGCCUUUGGUCACAGGGAAAAUGUCUUGGAGGCAUGCAGAAGGUUCAAGCAGCUAUACAAGUGAAUUUAUAAUAUCUCUUUUGCUUUUAUAACUUGUAAUCUCUUGGACUCAACCUAGUUCUCUCUUUAAAUAACUGUUUUUCCUUUGAAUUUAGAUUAAGAUGUAAGACAGUGUUUCGCUAUUUUGUUACUGUUUUUUCUAUCUUU